AUGGCUACCUUCUCCUUCAAAAUACCACUGCACCGCAGUAACAGCAGCAGGAGCUACCAUGUUAUUGCUGCCUCGGAAUCGCAGUUGCUCAGGCGAUCCCGAAGCAUUCCAUGGAGUUGGCAGAAGCAGCAGUGGCGGCAGCAAACAAGGUUGCAAUGCCGCCAACUGCAGCAGGAUACCAACCCAAGAACAGAGCAAGAUCUUGACGAGGGUGACAGCCGUCUGAGGCAAAAUACCAGCACUUUCCACCCAUCUAUAUGGGGAGAUUUCUUCCUUGGCUACUCCAACCCAGCUGCAGCUUCAUCGCAACAGCAGAUUCAGAUGGAAGAACGAGCGGACAAACUUAGGGAAGAAGUGGCCGAAAUGAUAGCAAGUUCAACUACUACUGCUAGUAGGCUGCACCUCAUAGAUGCAUUGGAGCGUCUAUGCUUGGAUCACCUGUUCGAAGAAGAGAUCUGUGCUGCACUUGCACAGAUGGAGACCGCUGAUGUCAGUGGCUACGAUCUUGGGACAGCAGCAUUGUGGUUUUGUCUACUUCGGAAACAUCGAUACAGGGUCUCACCAGAUGUUUUUGUGAGGUUCCAAGAUGAAGAAGGUGGUUUUCUAGUGGACGGUCCUAAAGACCUACUGAACCUUUACAAUGCUGCGCAUAUGAGGACUCAUGGAGAGAGAGAACUUGAGGAAGCCAUGCUAUUCAGCCAAAGGUGGUGGAAGGAUAUACAGAUUGAAUCAAGGCUUCCAUUUGCUCGAGAUAGAGUCGUGGAGUGCUAUUUGUGGAUAUUAGGGGUAUACUACGAACCAUCUUAUUCACGAGGCCGAAUAAUAUUAACAAUGAUUAUCGCCAUUGUGACCCUUUUGGAUGAUAUUUAUGAUUCUUAUGCAACUCCAGAAGAAUGUGAGUUACUUACCAAGUGCAUUCAAAGCUGGGAUUCAAAGGGGGCUCAUGACCUCCCUGAGUGCAUGAAAUUUGCUAUGGAGAAAAUAUUGGAUAGCUACGAAACCAUUGAAAAUAUGCUCCACCAGGAGGAGAAAUAUCGUAUGCCAUAUCUAAGAUACUUUACAAAAGGCCUGGUUAGAAGCUUCAACAAGGAGGUAAAAAUGCUUCAAGAAGGAUACAUUCCUAAGUCUGUUGAGGAGCAUCUAAAGGCACUUUCUGUGAUUCUCAGACUGGUAGAUGACCUUGAGUCAUACGAGCGAGAGCAACUGAUCCCUCAUGUUGCUUCAACAAUCGAUAGCUACAUGAAGGAGCACAAUGUCUCGAUUGAAGUUGCACGUGAGCAGAUACACGUACUCAAAGAGGAAUCAUGGAAAGAUUUUAACAGCGAGUGGCUUAACCCAGCCAAUAAUGCCUAUCCAAAGCAAAUACUGAGAGGAUAUUCAACUUGA